CAUAACAACGCGAAUAUCGUAACCAAGGGGCGUCGCCGCAAAUCGCAAUCACACACACACACUGGUGUUUGUAAAAUUGUAAUUGUGUGUGAUUUGUUAGUUCUCCACGUAUUCAGAUAAAGCACCCUCUCCCUUAUGCUAGCUAAAUCAUCAUUUCCAUUAUUUCUUUCUUUCUUUCCGUGUCUGUUUUGGACCACCCAACCUCUUCCAUUUCCCUCCUUCUAACUUCUCUCUAUCUCUACUCUAGUUAUCGCAAACUCAGUUAUUUUCUCUCCAAAUUCUCCAUCCGUUACAUGGCAGUUAAAUCGCACUCCACCACCAACUUUCUACCCUUAAGUCAUUUGGCAGCUCCUCGAAUUGUUGGCUUUCAAAUGGUUCCUCUUGUGUAGGGAGAAAAGUGUCGGACUUGCAUUGUGUACUAUUUAGUAAAUGGGGCAGUUCAAGAAAGGGAUGCCUCAUACGACAUGAUUUGUUAACGAGCAAUGGUCAUGGUUUGGUGGAUUGUAGAAAAUACUAUUUAACAUUUUCUAAGCCUUGUAGGAAUCUACGCAUGUUCCCAUUUGCCACCUCUGAUGAUGGUAUGACUGUCAAUGGGAGUCCACAAGCUGACACUAGUGCUAACCUUGAAAAAAUGAGGAUGAAACUGAAUAGUUCACUCGAAGAUGAAAACUUUUAUGAUGGACUUGUGCAAGCUUUAUAUGAUGCAGCCAGGGUUUUUGAGCUAGCAAUUAAAGAGCAUAAAUCGUACUCACGUGUAUCCUGGUUUUCAACUGCUUGGGUUGGAGUCGACCAAACCGCGUGGGUGAAGGCUCUGUCAUGUCAGGCUGCAGUGUACUCCUUAUUGCAUGCUGCAAGUGAAAUUUCAUCCAAAGGUGAUAGCAGAGAUAGAAAUGUCAAUGUAUUUGUUCAAAGGAGUUUGCUAAGGCUAUCUGCUCCCUUGGAGAGCUUAAUUAGAGAGCAAUUAUCAGCCAAACAGCCCGAAGUAUAUGAGUGGUUUUGGUCUGAGCAAGUUCCAGCUGUAGUGACAUCCUUUGUUACUAAGUUUGAAGGAGACGGACGCUUUACUUCUGCCAUUUCUUUGUCUGGAAAAAGUAAAGGUUUAAGCAGUGCAAGUGACAUAUCACUUCUCUUGCUUGCACUUACAUGCAUUGCUGCAAUUGCUAAACUUGGCCCUGCAAAAGUUUCUUGCUCACAAUUCUUUUCCAUGAGCACAGAGAUAGCUGGUAGUUUGAUGGACAUGCUUGUUGGUUUAAUUCCCGUAAGUCAAGCUUAUAAUUCUAUAAAGGAUGUUGGUCUACACAGAGAAUUUCUUGUACAUUUCGGUCCACGAGCUGCAGCUUGUAGAGCGAAAGGUGAGUGGGGUUCAGAAGAGGUUGUUUUCUGGGUAAAUCUUGUUCAAAGGCAGCUACAGCAAGCUAUUGAUAAGGAGAAAAUAUGGUCAAGACUGACAACAUCUGAAAGCAUUGAGGUUUUGGAGAAGGAUUUGGCUAUAUUUGGAUUCUUUAUUGCUUUAGGCAGAAGUACACGAUCCUUUCUUUUAGCAAAUGGUUUUCGUACUCUUGAUGAUCCAAUUGAAGAUUUCAUCAGGUAUCUUAUUGGGGGCAGUGUUUUAUACUACUCUCAGCUCUCAUCCAUUAGUUCAUAUCAAUUGUAUGUUGAGGUAGUUUGUGAAGAGCUGGAUUGGCUUCCUUUUUAUCCGGGAAUCACAAGCAUCACAAAACAGUCACAUGGUCAUAGAAGUGAACCAGAAGGUCCUCCAAAUGCCGAAGCAGUGACCCAAGCAUUUGAUGUUUGCUCUCAUUGGAUGCAGAGCUUUAUUAAAUACAGCACAUGGCUGGAGAGCCCCUCAAAUGUAAAAGCGGCCGAGUUUUUGUCUACAGGGCAUAACAAGUUGAUGGAGUGCAUGGAGGAACUUGGGAUGAUAAAGGAUAAGGCAUCAGAGAGUAAUACCAAGAGAAUAGCUGACAGACAUAGGUCCACAAUUCAGUCAACAUUGAAAGAGUCAGAUUCUUUUGACGAGGCAUUGACAAGUGUUGAAGAAGCUGUGAUAAAACUUGAAAAUUUGCUUCAAGAAUUGCAUGUGUCAAGCUCUAGUUCUGGAAAAGAGCAUUUGAAAGCAGCCUGUUCUGACUUGGAAAAAAUACGAAAACUUAAGAAAGAAGCUGAAUUCCUGGCGGCAUCUUUCAGAGCAAAAGCUGAUUCUUUGCAGGAGGGAGUUAAUAGUGCUCAAACCAUCACACCUGUUAGUGAAGAGGACGGGAAUAUACAAAGGAAAAGCAGAAACAAUGACAAUGUAAGGGUGGACUCGAGCAAAAGACGUGUCUUUUUCAGAAAUACUGGAAAUUAUAGUGGGUUCUGGAGCAUCUUUGUACCUCCGGUCACCGGAAAGCCUGACCUGGAACCUGAUGUGGAUGCUUAUGAAAAUUAUAUUGAACAGCCUGCACCAAAUGUAGAGGUUGUAGGCCAAGAACCCAAUGAAAUCCACCGCUUUGAGCUUCUAAGGAACGAGCUGAUGGAACUUGAGAAAAGGGUUCAAAGAAGUGCCUAUCAAUCAGAAAAUAACGUGGAUUUGAUGAUCAGUGAUGAUGGUGCCCGUUAUAGUGGUGAUGCUGAAGGUGUUCAGAUGGCCAGAGUUCAGAAGCAAGAAAACAUCAUACAGAAAUCUUUUGGCAAGCUAAAAGAAACAGGAACGGAUGUCUGGCAAGGAACUCAACUUCUUGCUAUAGACGUUGGUGCUGCCACAGGUUUGGUCAGAAGGUCCUUAAUAGGGGAUGAAUUGACUGAGAAGGAGAAGAAAGCACUUAAAAGAACCUUAACUGACAUGGCUUCAGUUGUUCCUAUCGGUUUUUUAAUGCUUCUUCCAGUUACUGCUGUUGGGCAUGCAGCCAUGUUGGCUGCUAUACAAAGAUAUGUACCAGCCCUGAUUCCAUCCACCUAUGCACCAGAAAGGUUGGAUCUCUUGAGGCAGCUUGAGAAAGUGAAGCAAAUGACAAUCAAUGAUGUAGAUUCAGACGAUGAAGUGGAUGAAGUCAAAUGAUCCAGGAGCAAUGCAGAUUUAUGUAUAGCUAACAGAACUUAACAUUCUUCCUGGUCUGAUGAAAAAUCGGAUCACCUUUGUUAUUCGCUUUGUGGAAAUUUUUUGUUGCUGCCAAAUUUCUUUGAGAGGAGUUCGGCAUAGAUAAGUUCGUUCCACGUGUCUGGCACUCCGGGUAAACACCAGUGGCUACAAUCCUGAGGAGCGUCAGGUGGAGUACCUGGUUCCCGGUAUUUAGAAGGGUGACCGUCUUUCCUCGACUCUGAAAUAUAUGUAAUGUUCAGAAAAUGGACAUUCCAGCUUCCGUAUUGCAUCUCUUUAAUAGCAUCAGAUAUAAAUACAUUGUAAUAUGGAUCAGUUUCUAGUUUUGUAGGGUCCUUUUCUGGUUCUGUGUCCUUGUCACAGUUUCCUCCUUCAUUCCAUGUGCCAUUCCUGCAAUGUCACUGUACAGACUCUUAUCUAAAUGUACUCCGAAGGGAUGAUUAGAAUGAGAUUAGUAAAUUUUAUCAUGAAUUAUAAAGUUAA